AUGGCGGCCAAGAAGAUCGUCUUCAUCACUUUAACCGUGGCAUUGAGCGUCGCCGUCAUCGCCAUCCUCAUUUUUGCCAUUCGAGAAAUUCAAGCUAAACAGACAGCCGUCAGAAGAGAUUUGUUUGUCGGUAACAACGGCACCAACGCAUUGCUGAAUUCGGAUUCAGAAAAGGCGAUUCACGACACAUACUAUCCGUCCACCACACCCUCUUCAACACCCCGCUGUAUCGAUGAACUCUCUACAAAAGCUCAUACUUCUACGCUUGGCAGGCUCUCUCGGGUUGUUGAACAAGAUAUUACACUCUCGCACUCCCGCACGUCUUCUGUUGACAUUGCCUUUCCUUUGCUAUCAACUUUCGCACAUGUGGACGCAAACACCGCUACCGCAAUGUUUAUACAGGCGGGACUUCAGUGCAUGUCAAGAAGAGCCACAGAAUCCAGCUUUUCAGACGAGGAUCACGAAGAUGAAAUCUACCCAGUUCACAGAGCGCAGACACAGAGUAUGGAGAUACAACGGGGCGCAUUAUUGACAUUGGAAGUGUUACACACCCCGGAAGUCGUUAUCUCUACCAUUCCAGUCGACAAAGAAGCUCGAUAUGUAUCUCUCAGCACGAAUGCGAGCCUCUUCCAUGUUCAAGCGCCGUCAAUACUGGUUACACAUCCUAGUACGAGCACCAUUGAAUCCAGCACGAGCAACGUCGCUACGGGUGGCCGCUUAGAAUUUGACGAUUCGGAGAAGCGGUCGUCUGUUGAGCAGUUCAUCGUGCUCUACUGGAGUACCGCUGAGAUGUAG